UUUUAUAUUAAUAGUUGCCGAGCAACCUCUGCGCUUCUUGUGCGCAGCUCUAACUCCCAUGCACACUUGCGAGAAGGUCGAAUCCAUUUCAGAGCGGGGGGAACUGGUAGAGCCAUGAGUGGAGAAGACCUAAAUCCAGCCGCCACACCCACUGAAUGUGUGGACAUCCACGGCGAUGGAAGAUGGAUGUCUCUGCACAACCACUUUGUGUCCGAAAGCAAAGACAGAGAACCUGAUGUGCUGUUUGUUGGAGACUCCCUUAUUCAGCUCAUGCAUCAGUUUGGGAUAUGGAGACAGUUAUUCUCUCCUCUUCAUUGCCUCAACUUUGGAAUCGGUGGGGAUGCGACACAACACGUGCUAUGGAGACUGAGCAAUGGUGAACUGGAUAACAUCAGCCCAAAGGUUGUGGUGCUAUGGGUCGGCACCAACAAUCAUGGCCACACACCUGAACAGAUCUAUGGUGGAAUCAUGGCUAUCAUCCAAGUCAUCAAGAACAAGCUCCCAGAUGCCCAUACACUCGUCCUUGGUUUGCUGCCCAGAGGCAAAUCCCCAAACCCUCUGCGGGAGCGAAAUGCCCAAGUAAACAAGCUCGUCAAGGAAGCCUUGUCAUCUCUUCCACACGCAUCCUUCUACAAUGUGGACCCCGGCUUUGUCCUCUCAGAUGGUAGCAUCUCUCACCAGGACAUGUAUGACUACCUUCACCUAACCCAGAAGGGCUACCAGGCCGUGUGUGAACCGCUGCAUGUCCGUAUCAAGGAAAUUCUAGAUAAACCUACCGAGAACUGAGCAACCAGGCUUUAAAUGUACACUACUACAGUGGUCCUCAUCCCUGUUUCAAGAGAGCGGUGCACUCAGCUUUUUAGGACCGUAGAUGGCGACUAUGUUCAAUCAUAAAGGGCUAAGAGCAGCAGUUCUUGGUGUUUGUCUUCUCUGCAACCAGGGUUGAUGACCACUGUUCUGGAAAACGGGAUCAUAAGGAUUUUUGUGUUUCUGAUAAGGUGAAAAAUGAAAUGUGUUGUGUUGUAGAAAGACAUAGUGGUCCCCGGUUCACCUGUGUCUCUGGUUCCCAAAGCAUUUGGCCGUAAAAGAUGAUUUCAUGACACUAGUGAUUGAUUAAAGGGAUGAGUAUGACGAUGGAAUUCCUCUGUGCUCGUGACCGCACACUUACGAUAAGUAAAUAAAUUCAGUAAUUUUGGAUUAAGAUUUUUAUGAAUAUGCAACAACCUUUUAUUUGACCAAACACAUUCUUUGAUUGCUGCAAAGCCACGUGCCUCAUAUCUCAUCCCUUUUAGCUGAAGGAUCAGAGCUGGAUUUACAUUUACAUUUGUAUGGAGGACUAAUGGAAGGAGUCUAAGAAUACUUUUUCUUUCUGAGGGAACCAGAAUGGGAUUGGGGUUGGAAAUCGUUUUGGACUCCUUAGUGCUAGUAUAUGCCUGCUAGAUGGAACUGCCUUUAUUAGAUAAUCCAUGUAGUUAGUCUGUGUCGUCUGUUCCUACAUAAACCAUUUCUGUGGUUUUCCUUUUAAUUGCUAUCAAUCCUUUUUUUUUUUGAAAAUAUUUCGAUUUCUUUUAGCAGAAGAGCACAGAUGGAGAUGUGAAGAUUGGAAUUGGAAUGCCAGAACUAAACCAUACCUGGAUUUAUCCCAUCACUGUCAUUUUUACAUCUACAAUUACAUUUGUGCAUUUUUGUUUCUGCUUUGUGUGCCAUGGAAAAGGUAUAUGGCUUUACUUUGAUGUUUUUUUCCUUGUAAUAUUUUAAUGUAUGUAUUAUUUUCAAUUACCAAACUUUCUCACGAUGUUUACAUGGUUAAUAAGUGACAUGUUUUUGUCCUUUUCUUAUGUUUGAUUUCAGUAUUGAUGCCUUUCAAUCAUUUUUUUUCUUUUAUCUCUCCUAACAUUAGCAACGUUUCAUGUGAGCGAUCAUGUAUGUGUUAGAAUAUAUUGUGAAGAGCUUUUUCUUGUACUUCUCUCUCCUGCCGCACGAUAUCGCACUCAAGCAUUUAACGCGCUUCACUUCACGACAAUAUGCUCGAGCACUUCUCCAUUAAGGACUGAGCCGCGGAGACUGAAUUGUAAUUCAUAGUGGCUAAUUCUCCAUGUAAUGAAAGAACUGCAUAAAAUGUCAAAACAA